GGACGGUCUCAUUCCGAAUAAUUCCUCAACUACGCACGUGGACGGAACACGUCUGCAAAGAGACUAUAGCGCAUUCUUAGUUAAUCUUGGUUGAGAUCAUGUUUGCUGGAGAUGACGAGGAACAAAUCGAAGACUAUGGUGACUCGGAGAUGGCAGACACGUCAGGCAGAGACUUUUUAUCGCAAUACAGGAAUAUUAACGGCAAAUUAAAAAAGAGGUUUUUGCGCAAGCCAAAUGUCGCCGAGGCUUCGGAGCAAUAUGGCGCUUUAGUAACCCAGUUGGAAAAUGAAAACCAGUUGGAUUAUGCGGGCUUUUGUUGUCUUUCUGUGGCCAAAUGUGAGCAGAGUCUGGCCCACCUGCCUGGAGAGACUGCAGCUCUUAUCAGAGCUUCCAGACUGUUUCUACAGGCAGAAAAGAACAUUUACAAACUAGGAUGCCCUAGUUUUGAGGAAAAUUUACAAGCUGCUAUUGGCUGCUACGGAAAGGCAGCAAAUCUCUUGGUUGAACAACGUCAACCAAGUUUGGCUGCUGGUCUUUGUCUGGAGCUUGGAGAUGCCCUCAGCCAACUUGGACACACCCUUGAAGCCACCACGCAGUACCAAAGAGCUGCAGAACUGCAAGCUGGCAGCCCUGCUGACCAGGCUCAUGCGCUUGGUUUAGAAGCGUCUUGCAAAAUCAAAUUAGGAGAUUAUGAUGGAGCCCUUCACAUUUUCAAUGACAUGGCAGCGUUGGCUGAAACUGGCGGAUCUUAUGGAGUUCUUUGUGACAUUAGGCACAGGUGCGAGGUGACGCGGGUUCUCCUUUUGAUGAUCCUCCAACCAACGCCCCAGAAAUUGACGCCCGAGCUUGGCACCUUGCUUGAAAAAUACGCGUGGGCUGAGAAUAACUCGCAAUCAGGAAUCUUGUCUGAAGAGCUUUUCCUGCUUCUGCAAUCCGUGGUUAUGGCCUGUCAGUCGAAAGACGUGGAUGCUCUUCAUUUAUUGGAAUCAGAUCUGCAAGAACUUCUCUCGCCAGAGCAAAUGGAUCUCAUGCACAUUCUCAUCAGGUGCAUGGUGUCAAAAAUUUAAUUAUUUUCACAUUCCUGAGUAUUAACUAUUAGUUUUAAUAAUAUAUUUGUUAGCCUAUAGCUAUUUCUUGUUUGUAGACAAUAAUAAUGUAUUUGAAGAA